AGCGGCGGGGCGGGCGCGCUCGGCGGCCGGAGGUCUCCAGAACGCCCCGAAUCCCCUGCAGGGUGCGGCCCCACCAUGUUCGGCUCCUCCCGGGGCGGGGUCCGGGGGGGCCAGGACCAGUUCAGCUGGGAGGAUGUCAAGACAGACAAACAGCGUGAGAAUUACCUGGGGAACUCCCUGAUGGCGCCGGUGGGGCGGUGGCAGAAGGGCAAGGACCUGACCUGGUAUGCCAAGGGCAAGAAGGACACGGGGCCCGCGUUAUCCCGGGAGGAGGAGCUGGCUGCAGUCCGCCUGGCCGAGCAGGAGGCCAUGAUGGCAGCACUGGGCUACAAGAGCUUGAAGAGGCAGCCCACAGGCCUCAGCAAAGAGGACCUGGCUGAGGUGUGCAAGAGGGACGGCAGCGAGCGGGACGAGAAGGACGUGGAUCGGGUGGUGGGGUUGGGCAGCUCCAGUGGCAGUGCUGGCAGGGUGAUGCUCUCCAAGGAGGACAGAGAGGCAGCCAAGAUGGGGCUCUCGGUCUUCACGCACCAGAGAGUCUCCAGCAGCCCAGACACAUCUGUCUCCAAGAAGAAGCAGGAAAAGGAGGAGAAGGUGGAGGAGAAACGACCUGAGAGCAGCAAAAAAUCCAAAAAGGAGAAGAAGAAGGAGAAAAAGAACAAGAAAAAGAAGAAACACAAGAAGGAAAAGAAGAAGGACAAGGAGAAGCAUUCCAAGAAGGAUGCUGCACCAUCAUCCUCUGAUUCUUCCCCGGAUCGGGAUAAGAGGCACCACCGCAGGAAAUCGCCGCAGCACGGCCGGCGGCGGCAGCGCACGGAAUCCGGCACGGAAUCCUCGAGCAGCAGCGACCGGAGCCGGAGCCGGAGCCCCGCCCGGCGGCGCAGUCGGAGCCGGAGCCGGAGCCGGGACGGCCGCGGCCGCCACCCGUCCCCGCGGAGGAAGGGCAGGAAGAGGAGCCGGUCCCGCUCCCGCUCCCCCCCGGCCCGCGGGGCCCGGCAGCGCCACGACACCGACUCGGAGGGCUGAGAGCGAGCCUGGCGCUGUUUCAGGGACAUCGUGCAGAGAUUUCUAUUUUUGAAGUGAUUAAAUGAAAAAGGCUGCAGCCCCGCGGGUGCCGGGGUGGCAAAGGGCAUUAAGGCUGCGGUGCCUGCAGCCCCUUCAGCGCCCUUCUCCUCACUCCUGAAAUCCAGGCAGGAUUGAGGAUGCUGUGGGUGAGGGCUGAAAAUGCUGUGGAUACCUCGUGUUUAUGGAUAGAGACUUCUGAAGAGAUUAUUAUUAUAAUUAUUGUUAUUAUGA